AUGGAUAACAGUAAGACUUUAAGCAGUGCAUGGAGCGAAGCGUGUGCAAAUAAUGGAGGUGGUGUGGUUUUAGUACCGCAUGGGAAGUUCUUGGUUUGGCCAGUGAGGCUUCAAGGUCCAUGCAAUGGCCCCAUUGGACUACGGAUUAAUGGCAUUCUAUUUCCUCCCGCCGGCAACCCUCUCUCCACCCUUGACGAUUGGCUCAGUAUCCGUUGGGUUAACAACUUGGCCAUCGAUGGUGAAGGCUGGUUGAACGGUCGAGGUUCUACUGCUUGGUCUUGCCACUCCAAAGGCGGAGGAUGCGGUAACCUUCCAAUCACUUUGAAACUCACUUCAGUGAACACCGCGACGAUAAGGGACAUAACCUCGAUCAAUAGCAAGCGCAUACAUUUCAAUGUGCACGGAUGCCAUGAUAUCACGUUUGACCACGUGACAGUGAUAGCUCCAGACAAAAGUCCCAACACAGACGGCAUACACAUUUCCAGGUCGACUGGUAUCAACAUCAAGAAUUCGGUGAUCGGCACUGGAGACGACUGCAUCUCCUUGGGCCCUGGAAGCAAAGACAUUAACAUAACCAACGUCCACUGUGGUCCUGGCCAUGGAAUUAGCAUUGGUAGCCUCGGACGGUACCCAAAUGAAGAAGACGUCACCGGAAUCACAGUGAGAGAUUCCACAUUUACCGGGACGACCAACGGUGUAAGAAUCAAAUCAUGGUCCACUUCAUUGCCAAGCGUCGUUAGCAAGAUUGCAUACAUCAAUCUGCAAAUGAACAAUGUGAAAAAUCCUAUCAUCAUUGAUGAGAGCUAUUGCAUUGAUGGCUCUUGCGAUCCCAAUAAUAAAAGGGUACGAAACUUGAGAUCCGUUGGAUUUUAGCUAAUGAUGGAAUUAUUAUGAAUCACUAUUCUCAAAGUCAAAUGUGUGUGUGAUUGCAGAGUACGUCGAGAGUGCAGAUUCGAGAUGUAAGGUAUGAAGGCAUAAGGGGAACUUCAAGUACCCAAGUGGCAGUAAAUUUCGGUUGCAGUGAAGUUUUUCCAUGCCAAGGCCUAGUGUUGAGAGACAUUAACCUGAGCUUCAAUGGUAGUGGGCCUGCAACUUCUUAUUGUUCUAAUGCGAGGGGUUAUGCUUCUGGCCAACAAUUGCCUCCUUCUUGCCUUUAAUUUAGUCAAUGUGUU